AUGCGACGAAUUCUAUUUGUAAGACCUACAGGUGUUGGAAAAUCUACUUUAAUUAAUAUGUUAAUCAAUAAUAAUGUAAAUGAAGAUUCGAAAGCAUGUCCGACUAGAAUUGGUGAUACUUCUCAAGGACACACAUCAUUAUUUGUUGCAUAUUAUGAUUUGUCAAAUAACGCCUACGCUGAUUCUAUAGGACUUGCUCACAACCGUUUUAAACCUGAACAUGUUAUGCAUUCAUUAAAGUCGAUUCUAAAAAAUUCUUCUGUUGGUUACAAUAAAGUUUAUAUAUGUAUUCAAUAUGGUCGCAUAUAA